UGUUGACUCACCGUGAAAUUAGAGUGUCAUAUCGUGAACCACCGUCAAAAUUCAAAGUAUUCUACAUUCAAUCACCGGAAAUGUCUAAAGGCUUCAUUACAAAAAUAAGUAACUUGGGUACCGCCCAUCACAAUGGAAGCAUCACAGUGAACGAAUCGAUCCAAGGUACCAUCUGCGCAGUACAUAACGUUAUGAAAGGCGGAGAUGGCUUCCCUAUGGUCCAACACCAAAUGCUUGAGGUGCGUCCGAGAAACUCUUGCAGAGUGAAUUCUAGCAGUCCAACAAGGAGGAGGAAGAGCAGUUGUUCGAGAUCAAGAAGCCGAAGUAGGAAAGAUUGUCAGCAGAUACCAACAAAAGAGUGGACGGUAAAGGCCAGUACGGUAUAUCAUAACUUUAGUGCAGAGAAAGGGGAGCCAGAUGAACAUCAAGCAUUGAUGAAUAACGUUACUAUCGCGAAAUCUGAUAGUUGUCCAUGUCCUGUCAGUACUUCUAUGGCAAGACAAUGUUCGUGCAGCGGCAAAAACCCGAAAUCCCGCAGUGUAUUGGAAGUCCCCUGCAUCAGUCCGCAUAUCGCCGAACACAUUUACUCGACAGACGAGGUGGUCAAUGGCUUAAAGAGGGAGAUAGAGAACGUGAAGAGCCAGCUAAUGGUUAUGAGAUCUGCUCCUGAGAAGAAAUCAUCUACGAGCAAAGAACCGACAGCAAAACAAGUCAACCAGCUAUCCAAGGAGAACAAACAUUUGCGUAAAGAGUUAGAGCAGAAGAGACAGUUGUAUCAGGCUACCGUGAAGGAGAUGCAUAAGUCUAAGGAUAUUUUGUCAGAGUAUGAAAAGCAGGUGGGCCUGUUACAUGAACAAGCAAUCAAAUCUUCGAAAGUGAUGAAGCAGAGCAAAGAAAAAUUUUGCCAGUGCAUUAAACAGAAAGACAAUAUGAUCGAUAGAUUAAAACGUCAAUGCGAAGAGCUCCAUAGAGUUGUCGGGGACAAAGAAAUGAAAUACGAGUCACUCCGGAAGAGUUUCGACGAUUUGCAAGUGAUGUAUGUGGACAAUACUAAACAGUAUGAUCUUAUGACUGAACAAAAUCAAAAUGUUUGUGAGUGUCUAAAAUUGAUGGAAGGACAGUUAGAGGCUUCGGUUAAGGAAGUUGAAUAUUAUAAAAGCGAACUGGAUAGAAUGGAUAAGCUUGUAGCGGAUUUCAAGUGCGAAUUUUGCGAAAAAGUAAACUCGGGAGCUAAACAACAAAGUGAUAAAUAUGAGGAACGUAUAAAGGAAUUGGAAAACAAGGAAAAUGUUCUGAAAGAUGAAAUAGCUUCAUUGAAUGAACAACUGAACGAUACAGCAAACAAAGAGGGUGCUUUGAAAGAGUUACGAGAAAAAUGUGCAUGCUUAGAAGAAAAGUUGGAAGGCUAUCAGAAGUAUAUGGCCAAAUGUCAAGAUUUGGAGGACGAAUAUCAACAGCAAUGUAGGGAGGCAAUCGAAAAAGAAUCAAAAUACUUAAAGGAAAGAGAUGAACUAAGAUCGUUAGUUGAAGAGCUGACAGCAGUUGUCCAACAAAAUAAAGUUACAUUGCUUCAACUAUCUGAGAUAAACAAAGAACAAGAGGCACUUAUUUUGUCUCAAGGUGCCGUUUUAUCAGAAAAAGAAGAGAAAAUGAAAUCUGUUGAGAGUGAAAUAGACUGUUUGAAACGUCAAAGUCUGGAGUUGGAACAAGAAGUCGAAGAUCUCAGACAAGCUCUAUCAGGUCCAUGUACCAAAGAUACUUGUCUAAGCUUAUCACAUCAACUGGAUGAUCUGAAAGUGGCCUUAGAUAGUGAAAGGGACAACAAGCUUGUCAAAGAGAAGAUAAUUGAAGACCAGUCGCAUACGAUUCAGUUUCUGCAACAACAAAUUAAGGACAGAAUUGCUGAGCUGAACCGAUUCAAAGAAGAAACCAGUAUCACUGAAAAAGAGAUGAUGAAAGUCUCCAGAAUCUUAGACAAGAAGCAGGAGGAACUUGACCAUGAGUCUAAAGAAAAGGAACAGCUUGCCAAAAAGCUGAAGAGGACAAGGUUGUUUGAUGCAGAUCACUAUGCUCGUCGAGUGUAUUCGACCUGGAUAUUAGGACAGCCCCGUCUUAAUUUUCAUUUCUGCAGAACAGCCCUCUGGACAGAUGAAGCAACAUUCGCAAGGCGUAGUAUUACAAAUCUGAGAAACCUACAUAGGUGGAAAUCAGAAAAUCCCAAAGCUAAUGUUUUCCCAGAAGUUGCAGUCCUAUCGAAAGCUGCCGUUGAAACCAGGAGCAAAAUAUGAUUCUUGCUGCAUAAUCUGGCUCAUCAAGAUCCUGAACUCUUCGAAAAUGAAAUUGGAAUACCAGCGAAACACCUUGAUGAAUGAAAUGACUGAACUUGACAAGAAACUUCGACAAUGCAGCGCUAAUCAAGAACUUGGGGAAGGAAUGCAAGAAUCGAUAAUGUUACUACAGAACGAGCUUGAACACAUUACGAUAGGCGACUCCAGCAAAAGUUCAUACAUUACGUCCCAAUCAUAACGUCUAGAAGACACCGUUUCGCCCACCCAGAUCUCAACUUCAAAAAUCGACACCCAGCGACGUCAAUGGGAAGAACAACGUUGCCAGCUAACCAAUGAGAAAGCAAAGGCCAUGUCAGCUGCACAGUUUGCUACCAAGAAACUGUUGGAAACAGUAGCUGACUUCCAGCUGCAGGUUAACGCUCAAAAAAGGGUCCAGUACAUGCUCACGAAAAUGCUUCAUGAGAAAGAGGAUGAACUUAGGGCUGUUAGAGAAAAGAUUUUAUUGUCUCGAUUAAGUUGGAAUUUACCUACCGCAUCAUCACCGCAUGAUUGCAGAUUUCUAAGAAGCAAUGCAAUAUUAGUUAAAAUUAUUCAGAGAUUAUGACGCAUGUGCUUAAUUUUGAUUGACUUCUGAAAAUCAAGAUUAUCUUUCUUCAAUAAACACCAUGAGCCAGGAGACCGACAAAGAUGUGUCUGCUGACGAACUGUACCGAGGCAACACAGAAUCAACGUAUUCAACAUUUUCGAAUAUUUCAAAAAAAUUGACGAAGCCCAGAACCUGUGACUCAUCUUGCCCAUGUCUUGGAUCAUCUAAGAGUAACGUCCAGCACAUCAUAUCCCUAUUGACAAGAUCUGCUCAUAAACCUUCAUGUGACAGUGAGCCAGCUGUUCGGUGUAUAGCUUGAUUACAUUUCGUGUUCUUUUUUCGAUUUUUGUUAUGUUUGGAUAAACUGUUUGAGUGUAAGGCAAAUAAAUUAAUUACUUAUUGAA